AUGCCCCAGCCCAAGAAUAGGGAAGAAGUCCUUGCCCGCCUACGCAAGACCGUGGCAGAUGGCUCCAUCAUCGUCGGCGCCGGCGCCGGCAUUGGCCUCUCCGCCAAAGCCGUCGAGCAAGGCGGCAGCGACCUGAUCCUGAUCUACAACUCAGGGAGAUUCCGAAUGGCCGGUCGCGGCUCGCUCGCAGGCCUCAUGCCGUACUCGGAUGCCAACGCCGUCGUAGUCGAGAUGGUACGUUCACGCUACGACUGGGAAAACCUACGAUCUUCCGCCUCCAGUCUCCCCAGCCCUCUCCCCAGCCCCUUUAUUCCCCACCCACUCACACUUCCCCAGGCCAGCGAAGUCAUUCCGGUCGUGCAGCACACGCCCGUCCUCGCAGGAGUGUGUGGCACCGAUCCCUUCCGCUCGAUGCCCACCUUCCUCGCCGAACUGCAGCGCCUCGGCUUCGUCGGUGUUCAGAAUUUCCCGACCGUCGGCCUGAUCGAUGGUCAAUUCCGCGCGAACCUCGAGGAAACGGGCAUGGGUUAUGACAAUGAGGUGGCCAUGAUUGCGACCGCGCACGAGCUCGGCCUCGUCACAACACCGUACGUGUUCAGUGCGGAGGAUGCGGUGAAGAUGGCGCGGGCGGGCGCGGACGUCGUCGUCGCGCACGCGGGGCUGACGACGUCGGGAGCGAUCGGGGCGUUGAGCGGGAAAAGUCUGGAGGAGUGUGUGGGGUUUGUGCAGGAGAUUCGGGAUGCCGCCGUGGGGGUCAACAGUGAGAUACUAGUUCUGUGUCAUGGGGGCCCGAUUGCGAGACCAGAGGAUGCGGAGUUUGUGCUGAGCAGGACGAAGGGCGUCCAUGGGUUCUUUGGCGCCAGUAGUAUGGAGCGGUUGCCGGUGGAGAUUGCGAUCAAGGAAAAUGCGGCGCAAUUUAAGCGGUUGAAGGUGCGGUUGGCGUAG